GACACUCGUCCUCUGGGGCUCGGCUCUCUUCGCCUGCGUUCGGCCGCGGCCCGGAAGGGCGCCCAUGGAGCGGGGUCUGUCCGCUCGACCGACGGCUAUGGCGCCGCUGCUGGAAUAUGAGCGGCAGCUGGUGCUGGAACUACUCGACGCGGACGGGCUGCUGGUGUGCGCCCGCGGGCUGGGCGCGGACAGGCUCCUCUACCACUUCCUCCGGCUGCACUGCCACCCGGCGUGCCUGGUGCUGGUGCUCAACACGCAGCCGGCCGAGGAGGAGUAUUUUAUCAAUCAACUGAAGAUAGAAGGAGUGGAACACCUCCCUCGACGAGUAACGAAUGAAAUUGCAAGUAACAGUCGCUAUGAGGUUUACACACAAGGAGGUGUGAUAUUUGCGACAAGUCGAAUACUUGUGGUUGAUUUCUUGACUGAUAGAAUACCUUCAGAUUUAAUUACUGGCAUCUUGGUGUAUAGAGCUCACAGAAUCAUCGAGUCUUGUCAAGAAGCAUUCAUCUUGCGUCUGUUUCGCCAGAAAAACAAACGUGGUUUUAUUAAAGCUUUCACAGACAACGCUGUUGCCUUUGACACUGGUUUUUGUCAUGUGGAAAGAGUGAUGAGAAAUCUUUUCGUAAGGAAGCUGUAUCUGUGGCCGAGGUUCCAUGUAGCAGUAAACUCAUUUUUAGAGCAACACAAACCUGAAGUCGUAGAAAUCCAUGUUUCUAUGACACCUGCCAUGCUUGCCAUACAGACUGCUAUACUGGACAUUAUAAAUGCAUGCCUAAAGGAACUAAAAUGCCAUAACCCGUCACUGGAAGUCGAAGAUUUAUCUUUAGAAAAUGCUAUUGGAAAACCCUUUGACAAGACAAUCCGCCAUUAUCUGGAUCCUUUGUGGCACCAGCUUGGAGCCAAGACUAAAUCCUUGGUUCAGGAUUUGAAGAUAUUAAGGACUUUACUGCAAUAUCUCUCUCAGUAUGAUUGUAUCACAUUUCUUAGUCUUCUGGAAUCUCUGAGAGCAACAGAGAAGGCUUUUGGUCAAAAUUCAGGUUGGCUAUUUCUUGACUCCAGCACCUCAAUGUUUGUAAACGCUCGAGCAAGGGUUUAUCGUGUUCCAGAUGCCAAAAUGAGUAAAAAAGGCAAAAUAACCGAAAAAGUGGAGAUUAAAGAAGAGCAAGAAACAAAAAAGGAACUGGUCCUAGAAAGCAACCCAAAGUGGGAAGCGCUGACCGAAGUACUGAAAGAAAUCGAGGCAGAAAAUUUGGAGAGUGAAGCCCUUGGUGGUCCAGGUCAAGUACUUAUUUGUGCAAGCGAUGACCGAACGUGUUCCCAGCUAAAAGAGUAUAUCACUAUCGGAGCAGAGGCUUUCUUGCUGAGACUCUACAGGAAAGCCUUUGAGAAGGAGAGCAAAGCUGAGGAAGUGUGGAUGAAUUUCAGAAAGGAGGACGGCUCAAAGAGAAUUACGAAGUCUAACAAAAGACCCAAAGACCCCCAAAGCAAAGAAAGAGCUUCUACCAAGGAAAGGACUCUCAAAAAGAAAAAACGGAAGUUAACGUUAACUCAGAUGAUAGAGAAACCUGAAGAACUUGAAGAGGAAGGGGAUGGCAAGGAAGGAUAUCCUAGAGACUUAUGCAGCAGCCCAGAAAGCUGCUUAGAAGAAAUUAAGCACGAGGAGUUUGAUUUAAACUUGUCCUCUGAUGCCGCUUAUGGAAUUCUGAAAGACCCCCUCACUAUCAUCCACCCACUUCUGGGUUGUAGCGACCCUUACGCUCUGACCAGGGUGCUCCAUGAAGUAGAGCCAAGAUAUGUGGUUCUGUAUGAUGCAGAGCUAACGUUCGUUCGUCAGCUCGAAAUUUACAGGGCAAGUAGGCCCGGAAGACCUCUCAGGGUUUACUUUCUUAUAUACGGAGGUUCGACUGAGGAACAGCGCUAUCUCACUGCUUUGCGGAAGGAAAAGGAAGCUUUUGAAAAACUCAUAAGGGAAAAGGCUAGCAUGGUUGUCCCUGAAGAACGAGAAGGCAGAAGUGAAACAAACCUAGACCUGGUGAGAGGCUCCGUGUCUACAGGUGGUCCCGCUGACACUCGGAAAGCAGGUGGCCAAGAACAGAAAUGUACACAGCAAACUAUAGUGGUGGAUAUGCGUGAGUUUCGAAGUGAACUCCCAUCUCUGAUCCAUCGUCGGGGCAUUGACAUUGAGCCGGUGACCUUAGAGGUUGGGGAUUACAUUCUGACUCCAGAAAUGUGUGUGGAGCGCAAGAGCAUCAGUGAUCUGAUUGGCUCUUUGAACAACGGCCGCCUCUACAGCCAGUGCAUCUCCAUGUCCCGCUACUACAAACGGCCAGUGCUUCUGAUCGAGUUUGACCCCAGCAAGCCUUUCUCUCUCAUUGCCCGAGGUGCCUUCCAUCAGGAGAUCUCCAGCAAUGACAUCAGUUCCAAACUCACUCUCCUCACCCUUCACUUCCCCAGACUCCGGAUUCUCUGGUGUCCCUCCCCCCAUGCCACCGCGGAGUUGUUUGAGGAGCUGAAACAGAAUAAGCCGCAGCCUGAUGCAGCGACAGCCAUGGCUGUUACAGCAGAUUCUGAGUCCCUCCCCGAGUCAGAAAAGUAUAACCCUGGCCCCCAGGACUUCUUGUUAAAAAUGCCAGGGGUGAAUGCCAAAAACUGUCGCUCCCUGAUGAACCACGUUAAGAACAUUGCAGAAUUAGCAAGCCUGUCACAAGAGGAGCUCGCAGGUGUUCUGGGGAACGCUGCAAAUGCUAAGCAGCUUUAUGACUUCAUUCACACCCCUUACGCAGAGAUUCUAUCUAAAGGGAAAAUGAAAAAGUGAACAGUAGUGGCUGUUCUCUUGUCCCGUGACUGUGCUUUUCAACUGUUCCUUGCCAGCAUCGUAGGUCAUUAUUAAUUAUUAGCUCAACAUUUCAUUCUCUUCCAUUGUUUUUAAUGAUCAUGCUGUUUCCUAGUCCAGUGGAUCAGAAGCCAAGAUUCCUUCUUCAACUUUGCAUUUAAGCACCGUCUUGACUUUCUUGUGCCAGCUCUCCUCCUUCCCUGCCCUGUCCAUGCCAGGGUUUGUGUGUUCAAGUUUUAAAUGAGGCGUGUCAGGAUCAGGUAAAGUUUUUGUAAGUGCUUAUAGAAGGCCAUUUUUGAGACAAGCCAAAACUUAUGUCUACUACACAAACUGACAAAACACACAAUUGUGUUUUCACCCUCUGUCAUAGAGGAGCCCCUGGAACACUGAGAAGGAAACACCUCUUUGCUGUCCCUGACCAGUUUCUCUCCACCGCAUCUUCCUCAGAUACAUACUUCUUCCCUCUGCCUGCCUCUGAGAAAAACUCGUGGGGAUGUCCCCUUACUAAUUUAAGACAACCACCUCUAAAGCUGGCUAGUUAGUUUUCUAGUCAUCUGAAGAGAUGUAGAUGUAGCACUCAGUUGUUCAAAACCAGUAUUUUAAAACAAAAAAUGAAUUUACAGAAUUUUAUGAUAUAGGUGAGGAAGGAACCCUUAGAAUUCUCAGUUUUUACUGAGAUAGCUAACCUCCUAAAGAUUUGUUUUUCCUUCCUUAAGUUGAGAUAAAAGGACUG